UGCCCCAAUGCCAAGGGCAUGGUGGCCGUGGGGUUGAGCCUGGGGUUGCCGAGUGACCCCCAAUGCCAGAUCCUGGCCUUGGCGAGGCCUGAACGGAGCCGGUGCCGGGGUGAUGCCAUCCUGCGGGGUCGGAGCACGGCUCGGCACCCAAGGGUGGGGUGUCACCACAUUCUGGGCAGCUGCAGGCCCCGUUCCUCCCUGCCACGGGCAGGAAGCACUGUCCGGCCGCUACGGACUUUGGACCCAUCCGGUGUCGCCGGUGCAGGGCAGAGGAAGGGACUUUUCCUGUUUUCCGGCGCGUUGGGGUCCGGCACCCGUCAGCCACUACGGCAAAACUUCGGGUGGCCUCGGCGCAGCCGCUAGCUGCCGCCCACACCGGCGUGGGGACUCUCCGGUGGCUGAUACGGGGUUGUGCUCAGGCCACGGCCUGCCCUGGGUGGGUGCACCCCCACCGACUUGGCCACCCCAACCAGGUCCCCCGACCCAUCCCCAUGGAGUGACCUCGCGUGGGGGUCCCUACGCCGGAGCGGCUCCCCUGGCAGCCGGCCCGGAGGGACGCUGGCCACCGUGACUAUGAGCGACUUCUGGCACAAGCUGGGCUGCUGCGUCGUGGAGAAGCCACAGCCGAAGAAGAGGAGGAGACGGAUCGACCGCUCCAUGAUCGGGGAACCUAUGAACUUCGUCCACCUGACGCACAUCGGCUCUGGUGACAUGGCCGCCGGUGAAGGGCUGCCCAUGACCGGUGCCGUCCAGGAGAUGAGGUCUAAGGGUGGACGGGAGCGACAGUGGAGCAACUCCCGAGUCUUGUAGCCUAUUCCUGGCUUUUUCAGCCCAAACUUGAACUGCCUGACCCCACGCUGGAGGAGACGCUGACCUCAAGCACACGUGCAGAGCGUCCUCGCCGGCUCCCGGUGCCUUUUGGCCGGGUGUACCCCCCGGCAAACCCCUGCUUCCCGGCGGCAUCAGGCUGGUGACUCCGGGAGGAAGCGGGGACGGCAGCUCCGUCCGGGAUUCCAGCCGAAAGGAUGCGGCUGCCCUCCCCGGCGCAGCCCAGAUGUGCCAAAUUCUCCCGGUUUGCCCUGUUUCCACGCCGGCGUCUCUCAGUGCCAGCCCAAGGUGCCUCAGUUUCCCUAGGGAUGGCGGUGAGGCUGUUCCUGAUGCUGCGGCCAAUGCGGUUUCCUGCUGGAAGGGCGUAAAGGAACAAAACUGGGAUUAAACCCCAAUGCUUUGGUGCAAAACUGGGAUUGAAUCCCACCGCUUCCGUCUUGUGCCGGCAGCAGCUCAGCGCCAGCUCCACCGCUGAGGCUGCGGGACCUCCAGCCAGCAUUGCCGCCUCCAGCCGGCAUUCCCACUGCCACCAAAACACCUCCUUUUUUUUAGGAUAUACUUGGUUUUUAUGCUCAAAACCCCAAUGCGGAAUCUCUGCCGCCUCGGAGGCGGCGCCAUGGUGGGGUCACCUCCAUCCUGCAUCGCCGCCAGGGUUUCACCGGCACCGGCCGAGGCAGGACGGGGCCCGACCCAGGGAGGGGCACGGGCUCCUGAAUUCGGGCGCGGGUGUACAUAGUUUAAUUAGCGCUGGGAUUAAUUAUUAACCAUGCGCGUGCCGGGCCUCCUGGGUGGCAGAGCCUUCCCCUUCGCCACGCUCCACGCCUGGGCUUUUCCAGCCCUGCGGCACGCUUGGUGUCAGUGAGCGAGUGCCGAUGCUUGGUUCGGUUUUCCCUCCCUUGGGAAGAACAACUUCCCCUUGGAAUAAAACCCUUGUGCCGGCGCCAAGAGCGCGAGCUGUCAUGGAACCAUGGAAUGCU